CCCGCGCGUCUCCAGAGUCCAGACUCCACAGCCGACGUCAUCGCUACUCUAUGUACAACUUCAUUCAUCACCCAUCCCAUCCAUCACCUUGCCCAAAACUCCACAACUUCUCCACCUUCCCCACACAGCCUCCCACGAAAUGACUGCAUCACAACUCCGUACACAAGUGAAGCGCAUUUACAAAGAUCUCCUGUACCUCGGCCGCGACUAUCCCCUCGGCUACGCGUACUUCCAGCCGCGCCUGCACGGCGCCUUCAUGUCGCAGGCAGGCCUGCAAGACGAGCAGCAGAUCCGCGACGGAAUUGAGCGGGCCGAGUUCGUGAAGCGCGAGAUCGAGGCGCUGUACUACCUCAAGAAGUACCGCGCCAUGCGCGAGCGGUAUGGGGCGCCGCCGUCGGCGGAGGUGGGCACGGGAUCGGGGAUGGAGAGGGUUGAAAAUACUGCUGCUACUGCUACUGCUACUGCUACUGCUGCUACAUAAGGGAAAUGAUUGUGGCGGUGGCAGUAGGUAUAUUGUAAUUAUAUCG